AUGACUUCCACUGCUCCUCUACCUCCCCCGCUGCACCGCCUUGACGACCAACCUGACAAUUUAAUCGCUUCUUCCGACGUGAACUGGCUUUUGAACGGUACCAUGGACCAGGAAGACGCCAAAAUGCCACCUCAACCAGAGACCAAUCUGGAGACCACCGCGACAAACGGCCAUACGAUCAUCCCACCGCUCCAGCCCGAAAGUAAACCUGUGAAAGACAACAAAGCUGUUCCUUGGUACCAUACCUCACUCGCAGAGAUCGAUCCCGUAACCCGCGACCUCCUGGAAAAUUACAGCAAGAUCCCCUCGGAUCAAGUGAAGCCGCACGUAUUUGCAAUCCGCGAAAAGGCCUGGGACGUCUACCCCUACCCCUGCAUCGGGCAGUUCCUCUUCCUCAACCUCACCAUCAACCUCUCGCCCUACUACCCGACCCUCGUCGCCCGCCUCCGCGACCCGGCCCACACCCUGCUGGACCUGGGCUGCUGCUUCGCGCAGGACGUGCGCAAGCUCGUCGCGGACGGCGCCCGGGCCGAGAACCUCUACGGCGCGGACCUGCACGGCGAGUUCCUGGAGCUGGGCUACGCCCUCUUCCGCGACCGCCGCACCCUGCGCGCCACCUUCUUCCCGGCCGACGUCCUCGACCCGCGCGACCUGCCCCUGCGCGGCCUCGACGGCGAAAUGGACGUCGUCCACCUCGGCCUCUUCCUCCACCACUUCGACUUCCCCGCCUGCGUCCGCGUCUGCGUCCGCGUCGUCCGCUUGCUCCGGCCCCGCGCCGGCAGCCUCGUCAUGGGCGUCCAGGUCGGCGCCCUCGUCGCCGACGUGGUUCCCAUCCCCAUCCCUAGCGGCGGCGUCCUCUUCCGCCACGACCUCGCCAGCUUCGCCCGCCUGUGGGAGGAGGUGGGGAGGGUCACGGGCACGGAGUGGCGCGUCGAGGCCCGGUUGGAGCGCGCGAAGGGCUUCGGGGAGAAGUGGCAGAUUGAGGGGACGAGGAGGUUGGGGUUUGAGGUUUGGAGGCUUUGA